AUGCAUGGGAUGUACUUGACGUCAUCACAUAACGCGGCACCGCAAUCAAAGUGCAAGAUGGACUCCCUAUGUGAUCGAUUUCCUCUCCAUAAAGCUGUUUUUGAGGGGAAUUUACGAAAAGUUUCAAGUUGUUUGCGUACUUGUGACAUUGGAGAAAGAGAUAUCCAUGGUAAGGGCUAUUCUGUUUGUUACGAUCGCGUUUAAAUGGCACCCAAGAGUUUGUUUUCAUUUCCGCCCGCUUCUCGACACCGGCCGGCUCUAACUGAAGUUUCUCUUUUACUUUAGGAAUUUUCUUCAACAAUCUUUUCUUUUUGAGAUAAUCAUUUUGGCUGACAUAUUGCUAUUGACACUCUGUUACGUUAAAGGUUCUUAAAGAAGGAAUUUUGAUUGUUUUGGUUUUAAUUUUAGCGCUGCCCAAGUGCUUAUAAGGGUCAUACAGUCGAUGACAAGUUCUUUGCAUAGCAUUGUUUUCUUAUAUAUGGACGAUGAUAAUAAAAAAAAUGGCUUGUUUGAUUUUAUUCAAAUCUUCUUGUCUUUGCUAUUAAAGAUGAUUCACCUGAAUGCACUACCGUUUGUUUCUUUUGGAAGCCUUUUUGCACUAAAAUGUCACAAGACAUUUUUGUUACAUAGUGAGCUUAAUGUUAAGUUGAAUUAUUUAUUAAUGCAAGGACUGUUUAAAGAUCUUCAUUUUAUUUUAAAAGCAAAACUUUGUGAAAAGUGUAAGGAAUUAAGUCUUAUUUCAUCAACCGUUGCUCCUUGCUUUGUGUUCAACACAAAGAAGUUACCUGUUAAAUUAUCCGUGUAAUAGUUUUGGCUUGUUAUUCAAAUGUAAAACAGAUGUUUAAUGGAAACAUGUUUAAAACUGUGCCCUAUAUUAAAUAGCACUAGAUGUUCAUGUGCCAGUCCAAGCAUGGUUUGGCCACAUGUCAUGAGACAGUCACUGGUUGUUUAAAAAAUAUUUCAGGUUCAGUAGUUUUGAUAAGUUUUUCAGGGAGUCACCUUUUAUAUUAAUUAGAUGUAAAAUGACACAUCAUAGUGCAGGAAAGAAAUAGUUGUGGCAGUUUGCCAAAAAAAAAAAAACAUUUUAAUUUUGGAAAAUCAGCACAACCUGCAUAUUAAUUUAGUUAGUUAUCUGCUAGCUAUCUGCUAGUUAUGCACAAUGCAUGAUUUCCAAGAGCAAUGUCAAAUCGGUUCCUGCGACUGUGUAGUUGUCAUUAUUUAUUUCAAAACAAUGUAUAAUAAAACAACUAUUAUUAGAUUUGGUUUUUGCGAUAUCCGGAAUAAUCAAGGUCUGGGUAAGUGUUAUCAGCCUCAGCCUUCAGCUCAGAUGAUAACAAUUACCUUGACCUUGAUUAUUCCAGAUAUCACAAAAACCUGAUCCAAUAAUUAUUGUUCAUAAUUAUGAAAUACACAAAAAAUUAAGAAGUGGGAUAAAUAGAUAAAAAAUUGAUAAAGAAAGCAAACAGAGGUCUUUUCAAUACAAACUAUAAUAAUAUUAUUUUAUGUGAAGUUAGCAGAUCAGAGUGCCCCUUUAAUUUUCCUUCAGAGUUCUUUUCUUUAUGUGUCAGCUCAAGUAGUGUUUGUCAGGAUUGUAUUGUAAAUAAAAUAAUAAUUAUUCUGAUUUUAGUUAUUUGCACCUUGAAUUCUUUGUUUUCCCUUUAGGGAACACACCCCUCCACCUAGCAGUUCUUUUAGGACAUAAAGGUAUAGUAAUAAGUUUUUGUCUUCUUUAGUUUAGUGGAUAUGUUGUAGGUAAAACUCUGUUCUCAGGUUGCAGCUAUAGGUUCUUAAAUGAGACUUGUACAUGUAAAAGCAAUUUCUGGUUCAACCUGAGAAUGUAUUCUACCUUUAAUGGGUAGACAAAAGUUUAUUUUAUGCAAAAGCAAUCUGUAUUUAAUUAUGAGAAACAUGACAUUCAUCUGGGAAAAACAUGCCAAAACAUACAGUCAAACACGCUUAAAGUGGAGCCCUUUGGGGAAUAACCAGCUAGGCACAUUUCGCCAGGAGUAACAUCUGCCACUCAGCAACAGAAAUUUCGUACUGAUGACGUAAAUAAAUGUUUGCAUAAUAAAUUUGGUAGUCAUGGGGUUCCAAUAAUUGUAAACUUGUUUGAUUUUUUGUUUCUCCUGGUCAAUUAAUGUAAAGUUUUGUGUUCUUCUACCAACAAGCUCCAGCAAAACUCAGAUGCUUUUUCUAAACAAGAAUAUAUUCCAGGAAUAUUGACUGUUUUGUAGUAGAUUCAUCACGUUUACCUUCUACCUUUGUGGCCUUUGUCUUUUGUCUGUCAUUUGUAAACAGUAGCUAAAACAAUAUAACUACCACGUCGACCAAUCAGAGCUCCUGACUAGAUUCCAGACAGAUUUUACAUCAUCAGUAUGGAAUUUCUAUUGCUGAGUUGCAGACAUUCCUCUUGGCGAAACGUCCUUAGCUGUGAGGAGCAAGGAGAAAGGGCUGCAUUCGCAGGGUAUCCUUGUCUCAAAACAGAAAUUUAUUACUGAACAUUACAGGUUAUACACACAUUGAAAUGGUGUGUGGAAGAAGGCCCUUGAGGAUCAUAAUAAGAUUAUCCUCUCUUACAUUCUCUGUUUGUUUCAGAGAAAACUAAUAUUACUUUUAUUUAUGAGGCAUUUCAGAAGAAUCUUGCAGUUAAAAUAAAAGUUACUUUAUAUUGCAGUGUAGGUAGGACGUUUUUGCAUAAUACUUACAUCUUGUCAUGUUUUUGUAGAAUGUGUGUAUUUAUUGCUGGCACAUGAUGCACCAGUGAAGGUUAAAAACAACUUAGGAUGGAGUCCACUUGCCGAAGCAAUCAGCUAUGGAGAUAGGCAAAUAAGUAAGUUUAACUACUGUUAGGUUGUUAUUCUUUGUUUGACUUCUGUGGUACAGACUGUAGUCCACUAAUCCAAUGGGAAACAGCCAGUCUCACCUUCUUUUGAGUUUGACCCCGAUUUUGACUGUGGUAGGGUUAAGCACUGACUAUAGUGUUUCGGGUUAAGCACUGACAAUAGUGAUUAGGGUGAAGUGCUGAAAAAUGUUUAGCUUUCAUUUACUAUUAGGUUUGUUACCAUUAUGUAGGUUAAUUUAAGUCAUGGGGCAAACUCAAGAGGGUUAAAUUCAAAGGGGUGCAGAACUGGUACAAAUCAUCCAAUGACCGUGAAAGGCAGUGUGGUUUAGUGGUCAGCACAUUGGACUCAUAAUCUGGUGGGCUGGGGUUUGAGUCUUGCUCUGGCCACCUGCUGGAUUAGUUCUUGGUCAUCCCAAGUUCAAAUCCUAGGCAAAUCUUGUAAGUAGCCAACUUCAAGUGUUUGCAUUCCACCAGUUGGGGUUUUUUUUCUUGUUAUGUUCUAUUUGGACUAUUUAUUUCUAAUCAUUUGAGUGGAGUCCCUGUAAACUAGCUGGAUAAGCUAAGUAUAAUUUCCACUAUUAACAAACCUUCAACCUUAUUUUUACCUUUUAAUGGCCACUAGUCACUGUGGAAGUAUUUCAGUAGUACUUUUGCCAGGCAACAGGUUUUCUCGGUCUUGCAAUCUCGGUUCCAGGAUUUGAUAUGCAAUUUUUAUCUUAUUUUCAUAUGUUAUUGCAUGCGCAGCUCUCUUGGAUACCAAAUCUUUGUAUCUGAAGGAACUCUACCUUGAAAUAACUAUCUGUCUGUUUAUUAAGUUUUUUUAAUUGGAAAGUACCACCCUCUCUGAAUAACAUUAGUAGUUUACAAGUUUGAUUGCUUUUUUUUCUUGUUUGGGCCAGUGAUCCCGAGUAGACCUUCUCCGGCCCUGCCUUGAGGUCUAAAUCUCCCAAUGUGAUGUACUGGCUGCAUAAAUAACACUGUAUCUUUCUUAUUAUCUUUUUUUCUGUCUUUAGUCACUGCAUUACUAAAGAAGCUCAAACAACAGUCAAGAGAUGCAUUAGAAGAAAGGAGACCUCAGCUUACUGCUGCUUUACAUGAGGUACAUGAAAAUGAACUUUUAAGGGUGCUGUGUCGACUACAAUGAAACCUGUAUAAAGCAACACUUUCAGGAAUAUCAGUGGUGUCAGUGCAAUAGAUCUACAGCGUACAUUGUAUGUCCCAUGGAGGAGGCAGUGUGGCCAAGUGGUUGAGCUGUGGACUUGCAAUUCAGAGGCCCCAAGUUUAAGUCCCGCUCUGACCACUAGCUAGAUUUGUUAACGGCAGUCCCAAGUUCAAAUUCUUGACCAUGCUUUUAAAUAGCCAACUGGUUUGCCAGAUAGGAUUCUUAACCCUGUUAAGUUCAAUUAUUUGAAUUAUUUGUUUCAGGUAUUUGCUCAGCCCCACUAGCAUUAGUGCUAAAAAAUAAAUAAAUACAUGUAACAGAAUACUUACUAUUGUUACAAUUUUUUUUAUACUGGUUGUGUUUAAAAGAAAAUAUGGAAAGACCAGUCUAGGGUGUGAUACAACUGUUCACAUAUCCAUGUAAUGUAGGGUAUCUGGCUUGAUGUGUUGUCCACUUCAUAGAAGUUUCACUUAAACUUACCUACGCAUAUGCACAUUUCAAAAACACCUUCUGGUGCAUGCCUACAAGGAAAAAACUAUCCCAUAUACACUGUAUAUACAUUUGUAAAAUCUCUUUCACAAAUGAGGACUUGAUAUGCUGAGUAAAGUACUAGUCUUCAUCCCCACUGUCUAGUUUUGUUAGAAGCUUGUUUACUUUUCUCAGUUAAAGCAAAUUAAGAAAAUGACCAUAAUAUUCUACUACAAAUGUAUUUUGCAUGCUGGUAAUAUUACUGUAUUGAAGUUAUUAACACUGCCUUUGAAUAUUGUUAUUUCUCUUUCAGCUUGGUGAUUUUUAUGUAGAGAUCCAUUGGGAUUUUCAAAGCUGGGGUACAGUAUGAUUAUAUAAUGUUUGAUAUAUAACAUUGAAGGAUUUGUAAGCAAAUUUCAUGUUGUGCCAUGUGUUUGUCGAUUGCAAAAAAUAUUUGCUACAAGUAGGUUACUUUCCAGAAAACUGACAAAUUUUAUCAUUUUAUUUUUCACAGUGCCACUCUUGUCUAGAAUAUUGCCUUCAGAUGUUUGUAAAGUUUACAAGAAAGGUUGUUCCAUAAGGUGAAACAUGGUUCUCUGAUGCCUGUUCCAUGCAUGUUUGCAUAAAAUUUAAGUGUAACCAUUCAAUUUUAAGACACAGCUCAAAGUGGCUUUAACUUCUGUAUGAAUGAAACCCUACAGUGUGGCUAUAAAUAGAAGCGAAUGAGCCAUACAUUCCUAUGGUACAGUACUGUUUAUUAUGUCAUCCAAGGUGGUUCUAAAUUUUCAGUCUCUGAAUGAAAUCCUAAAGGGUGACCAUUCAAGUGUAAGCUACUGAGCAGUACUUCCCUGUGGUGUUGUUUAAUGUUGUCUGCAAAUGGGCUCUAACUUUUGAAUCUCUGGAUGAAAUCCUCACGUGUUUGUCAUUCAAAGAUAAUCGGGACACCAUGAUGAAAACGGCAACAGGAAUGUCAAAAUAGCAGCAAGUUGAAUAGGUCAAACAACAACUCUGCAUAUGCAACAAACAUUUUUGUAUAUUUCAUUGCCCCUAAUGCAGAACUACGACAUGAAAAUACCUAGUUUCUCACUAUAUCAACAACGUGAACAAGCAAUAAUUGUAAAGCUUUUCUUCUCUUUCUGAACUUGGGUAUGGUUCUUAGGAAUUCAACUCCAGAAGAGUUCACUUGCAUUUGACAAAAUAAGUGAUUUGGAAUUACUGCGACAGAGUUGGAAAGAACACAAAUUCACUUUUUGCGGGAUGUUUUUGUGGCCAUCACCAUCGUAGUAUCUUAAACUUCCUAAUACCAGUUGCAGUAACAGCACAUGCAUGUUAUAGUCAGCUGUGGCUCUUGUGCUUAGCUUGACAGUGGGAAAUCCUCUAGUGUGGCCAUAUAUGAGCUCAAUCACUUCCUCCUGUUAAAAUAAUUGUGAUGUGUGUUAAGGCAAGGGAAGCUUUCUUGUUUAAUAUUGGUGUCACUUACAGUAUUAUUUUGUUAUACCCUCUCAACAGAAUGGACAGCACACUAGUGGAUUUUACAGAUAUGAAGUGGCAGCGAGGGGAUUUAACUUUUACCUUCAAUGGAGAUGCUAAAGGUACAUGUACAAAUACCAGUAGUACGUUAAGAACUAUAUCAAGCACAAUUUGAAAAUCAUGUAUCUUUUUUAUGUUACAAUACUUACAACACAGACCGUUUAAGUUAUUGUACGGCAAUAAUGCCUUGAUCAGCCACAAUAGCAAUUUAAACAUCAAUAAUUUGAUUCAUUGACAGAAAAUCUGAGAAUAUUUUCUUUUUUAGACUGUAAGUUCAGACCAAUAAUUGAUCUUAAUGGUUUUGCUUUAAAAAUGAUGCUUAGAAUGAACACGUUGAAUGCUCGAAUUCAAAUUUAUCAGUAAAAAUUCCGAGACUAUGAGGCAAGAAAAUACCAUUGAUAAGUAACUUGAGGUUUGAACAUUUUUCAUCAUUGCGAUGGUGUAUAAGACUAUAGGAAAUGAAAGAUUAUUGUCCAUUUUUUAAAAUAAACAUCUUACCCUUUGGAUGAUCUUGUUUGUUUUUUAACAGGGAAACAAUCUUUUGCUGUAUUAGACAAUGAAAAAAAGGUGUUUCAAAGACUUAGGACAGAGGUGAGUUAAAUUAGAAGAAGAAAAUGGUGAUGCAUUGAAUCCUCCAUGUUUCUGUAAGAUAAAUGUGCACAUAUGUUGUAAAAACUAACAACUACCAUUAAGUAAAGUAUGCAUGCAUUUUUCACAAUGCAUGUCAAAAAUUAAAACUGACAACUUGGUUUGUGAACACUUGCCCACUCUAUGGCUAUCAUAAUUUUUUGACUGGCUGAAAAAUGUUGUAAGAUAUCCUAAUUUCUUCGCUAUUUUGUCUUUUGACCUAAAAAUAUUACAGUAGAACCCCAGUGACUCGAACUCUGAAGGGAAACAAAAGACAGUUCGAGUUAGUGGGGAAUUCAAGUUAUCAGUGUAAAUUUCAGUGAAAUUUUGAUCAAGGGAAAGGAAAUUUAGUUCGAGGUAGUGGGGAAUUUGAGUUAUCCAAAUUCGAGUUGUUGAGGUUCUACUGUAUUUCCCAGUAACGAGCACGAUGACUGGCCAACAUUCUUCUAGUACAUCUGCCAUGCCACUAAUUACUGAUCUGUGGCAAGAACUUCUUGAUAUGAGUGUAUUCAUCAUUUGUUUGUUUCUUUCAAUGUCAGGACACUGAAGCAGAAAUUGAGGAGGAGGUUGACUUGCUAAUGAGCAGGUAUAUUAAGACGUGAUUGGGGGAUUGUUCCAAUAAUUGCCUAAGAAAUGCAUAGACAUCUGGACAGUAUAUAUCUCUUACUAAAUUUUCAAUUUUUUAAAUGGUUAUAUCUUGUUCAAUAUUGGCCCGAUUUACACCACCCUUGUGCUCUUUCUAACUACGUGGGUCUUGCAUUACUUAUCCCAUGAUAUGCGGAUUUGUACCUAGCGCUCCUCAGUUUGAAAUAAGCCAAUGGUUACUUUUUUGUCUGGAGGACUUUUCAUAUAUUCACUCUUGUCUUCAACGUUGUAUUUAUAACUGCAACCUCUCUGAAAGGACAACACCCACUAAGACUCAUCAAGGCUUUCAAAAAGACCUCUCCACAGUGGUCAUUUUAUCUGAUGUAGUGUGUUGUAUACGAAACCCUUUUUGACCCAAAAGUAUGAAGCAGGCACAAAUCUGCUCCAGGCACCAGUGGGUUGUGCAGCUCUUUACUCACUUUGUUUUGGCAACAUUUUUUGGUUAUGAAAAUUUGUUGUUGAUUUGAUUAAAAUAGUUUGGUUUACAGACUUGUGUCCUUCAAUUUAUAAAUCAUUGACACUUACUCACUUGCCACAGUAUAUUGACACCACACAAAAUGUAGCCUGCAGAACAGGUGUUGGUUUUUGGCAUUUUUCAGGUGAGCAAAGGCAAGUGCGAAGCAAACAAAGAACGCAAGACAUGCGUAACAGGAUAAGGUGGAGAAUGGUUGGUCAUUUGGUUGUGUCUGGAGACACAAUCAGACAAACAAUGAUGUGUGGACAGCCGUUAUUUUUUUGCGCCUUCCCCGUUCUACCCCCUCUUUAUGCUUUGUUUGCCUGCAAAAUGUGAAAGAAAAGCUCCUGUUCGGCCGGCUACAUAUAAUGAGCAUUUUUUAGAACGUUUUGUACCCCACCAAAUGAAUUGGGCGCAUUUUACACCCCGACCCUAUAGUGGCCACUUCUCUAGAGAGUCUUGUUAUCUCUUUCUCCAAGUUAGAUGUUAUGGAGAGGUCUUGACUGUUUGACUAUCAUCUUUUGCAGUGACAUUGUUGCAGCAAUGAUGUCUACCAAACCAAUUACUUUUAGUAGAUCACAAGCUGGCUGGAUCUGGCAUACUGAUAGAACAGUGGGUAUUAACUCUCUUGGAAAUUUUACUUGUAUGAAUGACCCAAAAAUCUAUUAAUUUUCCUCCAAAAUUAAUGAAAAUUAAUGGCACCAUGUUGAUAUUCUUAAGAGGUUUCAUUUGAAUGGUCACACCAUAGGAUUUCAUCCACAGCCUCAAAAGUUAGAACUACAUACUAAAUAAAUAUUACCAUGUGAAAGUACUACUGAAGAGGAUUCAUUUGAAUGGUCACACCAUAGGAUUUUAUCCACAGACUCAAAAGUUACAACUACAUACUAAACAAAUAGUACCAUGUGAAAGUACUGCUGAAGAGGUUUCAUUUGAAUGGUAACACACCAUAGGAUUUCAUCCGGCACAGACUCAAAACGUAAAACUACGUGCAAAACAAAUAGCACCAUGUGCACGGAUUUGCCUUUCGUUUACACAGGACCCGCGUAGUAACCGUACAUGUUUUUGGAUGGCAAAGUUUGCAAGUUUAGUAAGCCAAAAUGUUUUACCAGUACAUUUCCACUUUUGCGUGGACUCGUGUAAACACCUGAACCAUGCACAGUUUGUGCAGUAAAAGCCCAGAGCCUAGUUACGCUCCUUUGAUUAACAAAAAGUAGCCAUUUCAAUGCUGACACUGGCAAAAGCUAAUGUUUCCAAGGAAUUUGAUUCAUUUGCUUAUUUUUGGCUUGAUUUAGGAAAUGAUUGGCCCUUACCUUUCUGAAGUGUACUCCAUUAAUGGAAUGAUGCUUAUCUCAAGAAAACGGUAAUUUGGACUCUCUGUUUUUCCAAUUUUUCUACAAUUUUUAAUAUAAUUUUUUAAUAUUUUACUGUGCUUAGUUAUCUGCAUGUUUAUGACCUGUACUCUGUCAAAUUAUAGACGUGAGCACCUCACAGAGGAGGAUGUGGUCAAGAAUAAGGUUUGUUGUUUUGUUUUGUUUUUGUUCAGUUUUUUCUUAGACUUCACACUUUUAACCCCCAAUGGUGACUGAAACCAAAUUUCUCCUUGUAAUCUGGGGUGGGGCACUCCCCCACUCGGUAAGAUGGAUUUCCACAGUCGCGUUUUUAUGUACGCGUUACGCGCGUAAAUAAAAAAAGAGGCAUUGUAUAGAAGGUCGCGCGUAAACGUUUAAGUUGAGCCUCGCUCAACUUUUGCGUUUACGCGCUGCAGCACGUAAAAAUUACGCGACCGUGGAAAUCCACCCUUAUGGAACUGAGCAGAGUCCAGAGUCAUAAGGAAAAUUCUUGUUCAUCAACGAUUUACUUUCCCUUGACAGGCGCUGAUUGACACCCUCAGCAAAGGAAAUGGCAACAUUAUGGACAGCUUGCCGGAGGUUGGAGAACUGUAUACAGUAACUUAACAAUAGAGUGAUUUUCAUAUGACCUUGAAAAAUGGUUUCAGUAAGUGUUCGUUAUUUGUUUUAUCAGCCAAUGGAUGAAAAGAUCAAAAAAUGGACUCCUCGUUUUCCCGCCAAAGAAAACCCUGAUAUGGAGAAGGCAUUGUUCGAUUGGCCAAUCGUGUUGCAGUAUGACGUCAAAGCGAAGUAUCGACUGAUUUUAAGAAAGUUCUCGGGCAAGAAGUUUUUUCAUCUGAGCCUUCGCUAAGCCGACCAAAAGCCUCGUGCCUUUGUAUCCGUUCGAUAAACCAAUCAAAUUACUCUCUUUCCGUUCGUUUGUUUUUUCUGUUUUGUUUGCUCGUUUUCAUUUCAAGGUCAUACGAAAAUCGCUCUAUUUAAGGGUGACUCACAACUUAGCUUAGACUGUUCACUAGAAAAUGAGAGGAAAGGUGGCAUACUGGUGGAGAACUCGCCUGCCACCAAUUUGUCACAAGGGUUCAAAUCCCGGCGUCGAACGCCAUAUGUGGGUUGAGUUUGUUGGUGGUUCUCUCCUUUGCUCCGAGACGUUUUUCUACGGUUACUCUGGUUUUCCCCUCUUUUCAAAAAUCCAGCAUUCCCAAAUUCCAGUUCGAUCAGGAAUGAGAUCGACGAAAAACCACUACGUGGAUGUGCUACCUGUCAGAACCAGAACUCCAUUUUCUCGUGUUUCCAUUUCAGACUACACGGCGAAAUUCACUUCUUCCACCGCCCAAAACGGAUCUAACCUGGGAUGAAUAUCUGCUGUAUGACUCUGAAAGGUAAUGGUGCAAACUUUGUAGAACUACCUAGCCCUUUACGCAACUUAGAAGGAUCGCGGAUGGGGACACGUAUGCUUGUUCAGCUCUGUAUGUAUGUCGGUAUUUCUUUCUUGUAUUAGUUUUGGAAUUGUCAUUGCUAUUGCACUUUCAAUCCAACUUUGCGUCGUGUAUCGCCAUUUCAUCUGUUUUAUAUCGCUGUUUCAAGUCCCUGUAGCGUGUUGGAGUUCACCCUAACGGGGUCUUCCUUAUUGUUUGCUUCAUCACAGUCCCCUAUUUUUCCGUAAGGUCGUCGAGCGCUUUGCGUUAAGGGCAGCCAUCUUGGAUGAGUAGUUUUGACACUGAACCAAGAUGGCUGCCCGUAACAAGAAGCGCUGGAUCUCGACGAUCUUACGGAAAAAUAGCGGACUGUGAACAGUCUGCCCUUCUCGUAGCCUGUGUACCAGGCAUAAAUGGACAGGGGAGGGGGACAGGCGAAUCGGGGAACUUUGAAGAAAGAAAGGGUCCAGGAGCACCUUUGAUAAAACUCCCGGCAUAUUUGUCUGCCUUAAAGUUUUUAUUGAUGGGACCUCAGUAUAUUAUUGAUGAAUGACAGUAAAACAGUGCACAAUAGUAGGAGCACGGAGGCAGUGGGACAAAUCUUUCACGGCGGGUGAAAGCGUGGGCUGACUUACAGUGCGACCACAAUAACCGGGGCCACUUAGACAAAGUUGACCAAUCAGGUUACAGGAAAAUAACAGUACAUUCCAAAAAAAAAAGUUGGUUGUGGGCCAAUCAGCAACUCGUAAAAAAAAAAAAAGUUACUCGAAGCACAAAAUUUAAAUAUUGAUAGCAAACGUUUUUCAAGAAAGGAAAAUGUUUCACCAGUCAAUGUUUUUCUCUUUGAAACUUUACAUAUAACACACAGGAAACAUAUUUGUUUAUCACAAGCUGUUAUUUUGUCAUCUACCCGCAAUUUCGUCGCUACCAUUGCCACACUUUGCAAUAAUCAUGCAACCUCAAGUCAAAAAUGUGACUAUAACGUUUACAUUUUUCGCCUCCGUCAACACUCUAACGGACCUCUCAGGAAACAUAGGCUUUCUUCAGCUGGUUUAACGGGUCACGUCUGUAGGUUUCGAUCCAUGUUGUUGAUUUCGUUCCGUGGUAAUUAUGAUUGACAACUAACUUUCUUGGAAUGUAUUGUUAUUUUCCUGUCAUCCAAUCGGUCAACUUUGUCCAGGUAGCCUUGGUUAUAGUAGUCGCACUGUAAUUGGAAGGGCACUGUUCUGUAAAUCCCAGCCAGGACUUUUGUCCUGUGAACAGCUUCUAGACCUCAGUGUGGCCCUAAGGAACAUGUUGAAAUGGAGGUUUUGUUUUCUAAAGGACGAAAACAGUGCUCUCAAAACCUGUUCGUUUGCCCGCAGAAGUUUCCAAUGCACUUCCUUUUUGACGGAUUAAUACCUCAAUGUCUUUAAGCAAACUUCUAAGCAUAGAUUGAACUACAGCUGCUUGACCUCCGAAGUUCCUUAACAAGUCAAGGUACUUUGCUGACCACCCCACCCACCCCUCCCUAUCUACACUUGUUAUAUAUGCUGAACUUGUCCAUUAAUUCUUAAUGUACUUUACUUCAUUCACAGGCUGCCGCAUAUUGGUCGGCCGAUGAAACUCAAAGAAGACAAGAAAAGUGUAAAAUGCCAUGUCGCAAUGGUAAUCUAGAUUGAUUUUUUUUUUCUUUUAUCACACUGUGAUCUUAUGUCAGAUUCUUUAUUGGUAUCACUGUGCUUUUAAUUAGUAACUGAUGUUCUCUUUGUUUCACAGAGUGAGGAGUUUCCGCUUUCCGUUGACUUGUAAGUUCUUGCAUUUAUUUAUUUGUGUAUUUUUUUUUGCGUUGUAUCAUGUGUAAAUUAACGUUUCAUGGUCACCUCUGUCAUGGGAAAAACCGGCGCGUCCACAGUUUUAGAAAAGCUUCACUACCGAAUUGUAUGCUAACAGUCCAACCUCCAUAUGCGACUACCUCUCGUAAGCGACCUACUCCCAUAGGCGACCACCUAUUCCUAGUCAAAGCCCAAUGGUUAGAUCCUCUCGUAAGCGACUGCGCCGUGACAACUUUUUGUGCUGAUGGUUUUAUAAUUUUCCAUUGUUUUUGACGUCUUGUAAGCCACUCACAGUAUUCGAAUAACUUUCAGCGACAAUAUGGAACUACACAUACCGUAACUUAGAAAUUGCAUGCAAUAAGUUCUCGUCCAGAAAGGAAAUGUCUCGUGACCUCUUCUCGGAAGCGACCUCCAGUCGCUUCUGGUAAGCAACCACCUCCCUUAAGCGACCACUGUAUCUUCGCAUGUUGGGAGGUUGACUUAAUACGGGAGCUGCGUGGCACGUGCGUGGUAGGCGUUUGAAAGGGAUUCCUUCUCCCUCGUACGCGGUCUCGCGCCCAGAUUCCCUUUUCCUUCUCUUACAAACGCCUGCCUCGCAGACUAUUCAACCGUAGGUAGAAUAACAAUUCUUUAUUAUUUUCCUUCUCUCCAGAAUCCUUAAAGUGUUAGAGGUUGUUGCUCCAUUCAAGCAUUUUAACAAGUUAAAAGAGUUUGUAGCCAUGAAACUGCCCGCUGGUUUUCCUGUCAGAAUAGGUUUGUGUAAUUGUUGUUACCAUAAAUAUCUCGUGUCUCUCUGCACAACACCCCCACCCCCACUCCUCACCCUGUCCUUCCCCUCCCCCUUGGUAAGAUGUUCGGCGCUAACCGUGAGACCUGUUGAAAGUUUUCCUUCUGAAAGUGUCACAGUGCUUUAAGUUGAUCAGGGGUGUUAUCGUAGUAUAUCAAACUUAUAACAGAUACCCUUAGAUACUAAGACGAGGACGAGAUUGUCUCAAUAUUAAGUAGUGCGCGCGUGAACGAGAGAGUUACUUUGGCGGGAAAACGUGGUCGCCGUCGUCAUUCUACUACGGAUUAUAACGAGAAUGAGAGGCGGAAACAAGUUAUUAAAUUUUAGAGGUUUUAUCAUUAUGCGAUCAGGAGAAGGGGGCUUAACCUCCUUCAAAAACAACAACCGUGCUAAUUUUCCUGUGAAAAAAAAGUGCAACAAAGCUUUCAGGAAAGUCUAUUUUUUGGAGAUUACUCGAAAAAAUUAAGUUAAAUUUUGUCCUUGUAGUGGUCAGCAUCCUCGCCUUUUCCAUUAACGGGUGUUAGUCUAGAGAGAUCGCCCUAACCCAGUCCCAAAGACUUUGCUUGCAGACAGAGACUAAUGUGUUGUUUCUUCCGACAGAGAUCCCUGUUUUUCCCACCAUAACCGCGCGAGUGACAUUCCAGGACUUUAAAUCAUGUGAUAACAUUCCUUCUUCUAUGUUCUUUAUACCACGAGAUUACAAGGUC